AUGUAUGGUUCAGUGUGGAACUUACUCAACAAUUUUCUGCACAAUCCGCUAACAUUUUAUGUUGAUACCGCACACUUGCAUUGGAAUACAACUUUUCCAGCAGUCAGCCUUUGCCAAAUUGUUAAUGGAGAAUCCGUAGCAGAACUCACAGAACAUUUUACCCCUGUAUGCACAUAUUAUUUUCUUUCGUUUUGUUUUAUUUUAGCACAUCAACUGUAUCGCUAUUAUAGCUUCUCCGCUUGCUCUAUCGAAUGUUUCUGGAAAACUCAGCUUGAAAUUUGUAAUUGUACCCAUCAUUUAAUGCCACAAACUUUGACCACUACGGAGUACGAGACGCAAAUAUGUUCAUUCGAAGGACUCACCUGCCUUACGGAAAAUUCAGUUGAUAUUGCACGAGCUCGCAAGCAAUGCCCCUGCCUGUCAUCCUGCGUUGAACCAGAACACUUCGUCGUACACAAGUCAGACGAGUAA